AUGUUCCCUCCUGGAAAGAAUUAUAUACCCCCCGGUCGCCCGGCAUCCCCAGGUCCUUUGGCUGCGGAUUUCUUUCAACAGCAAGUCGCGAAACAACGCAACAAUAAUUAUCAUUCCACUUCACUCAGAACAAUGGUUGCCACAUCUGUGAAUCGCACGGCGCUGCACCCUGGUGGUGUCCAGCCCGGCAAGAGCCACACCGAGCUCGAGGAGGAGCUCCACGAGACUGCGCACAUUGACUAUGACCGAGUCGCAAUUAUCGCCAACCCUUCCGUUCCCGCCCUCUAUGAGGACGCUCUCGUCUACGAGACUGGCACUGCCAUCACCUCCAGCGGUGCUCUGAGCGCUUACUCUGGUGCUAAGACUGGUCGUUCCCCCUCCGACAAGCGUAUUGUCAAGGAGGAGUCCUCCCAAGAUCAGGUCUGGUGGGGACCCGUCAACAAGCCCAUGACCCCCGAUGUCUGGCGUAUCAACCGUGAGCGUGCUGUCGACUACCUUAACACCCGUAACCGCAUCUAUGUCAUCGAUGGUUACGCCGGCUGGGACGAGCGCUACCGUAUCAGCGUUCGCGUUGUCUGCGCUCGCGCCUACCACGCCCUGUUCAUGCGCAACAUGCUGAUCCGCCCUACUCGUGAGGAGCUUGAGCACUUCCACCCCGACUAUGUCAUCUACAACGCCGGUUCUUUCCCCGCCAACCGCUUCACUGAGGGUAUGACCUCUGCCACCUCCGUGGCCAUCAACUUUGCCGAGAAGGAGAUGAUCAUCCUCGGUACCGAGUACGCUGGUGAGAUGAAGAAGGGUGUCUUCACCGUCCUCUUCUACGAGAUGCCCGUCAAGCACAACGUCCUGACCCUCCACUCCUCUGCCAAUGAGGGUGAGAACGGCGAUGUCACCGUCUUCUUCGGUCUGUCCGGUACCGGCAAGACCACCCUGUCUGCCGACCCCAAGCGUAAGCUGAUUGGUGACGACGAGCACUGCUGGACCGACACUGGUGUCUUCAACAUCGAGGGUGGUUGCUACGCCAAGUGCAUUGGUCUCUCCGCCGAGAAGGAGCCCGAUAUUUUCAACGCCAUCCGCUUCGGUUCCGUCCUCGAGAACGUCGUUUUCGACCCCAUCACCCGCGUUGUCGACUACGAUGACUCUUCCCUCACCGAGAACACCCGCUGCGCCUACCCCAUCGAGUACAUCGAGAACGCCAAGAUCCCCUGCAAGAGCGAGAACCACCCCACCAACAUCAUCCUGCUCACUUGCGACGCCCGCGGUCUCACCCCCGAGCAGACCAUGUUCCACUUCAUCUCCGGUUAUACCUCCAAGAUGGCCGGUACCGAGGACGGUGUCACCGAGCCCCAGGCCACCUUCUCCUCUUGCUUCGCCCAGCCCUUCCUGGCCCUGCACCCCAUGCGCUACGCCUCCAUGCUCGCCGAGAAGAUCAAGGAGCACAAGGCCAACGCCUGGCUCCUCAACACCGGUUGGGUCGGUGCCGGUGCCACCACCGGCGGCAAGCGUUGCCCUCUCAAGUACACCCGUGCCAUCCUCGACGCCAUCCACUCCGGCGAGCUCGCCAAGGCCGAGUACGAGACCUACGCCGUCUUCAACCUGCCCGUCCCCAAGACCUGCCCCGGUGUCCCCGACGAGCUCCUCAACCCCCAGAACAGCUGGACUGCCACCACCUCCUUCUCCGACGAGGUCAACAAGCUCGGUAAGCUCUUCAACGAGAACUUCAAGAAGUACUCCGACGAGGCUACCCCCGAGGUCCUGGCCGCUGCUCCCCAGACCCAGUAA